UGUGCCCGGAUAAUAACUACAGCAGAGCUGCUCUGGAUGGAUUUACCGACCCUCCCACCUCCUCUMUCCUCCUUCUCUCUCCUCUUCUCUCCUCCUACAACAGAAUUUCAUUCACAAGACAGGUGAUUGUAAAAGAAAGAGGAGGGAAAACGGAUCGAUAGAGAGCGAGGGAGGAACAGAAAAAAGAGGGGGAGAGAGAGAGAGAGAAAAGAAGGGUCAGAUAUUCUCCCUUCUCUGUGCGCACCUGUCUUCGCCGCUCCGCGUUUUAACUCUGCUGCUGUUUGAGCUGUUUGAGCUGUUUGAGCUGGGACUUUUUCUCUUUUUUUAACACACUGGACAGAGCUCAGACCAGGAGUGUGUGGUUCUAUGUAAAUGUGUGAAAGGAGAAAUCUGGAUGCAUCCAUCUCCUCCUCCUCUGGCACUCCACAGGCGCGCAUCCGUUCCGGACGACAGCAGCAUGCCAAAGGAGGAGCUGCGCGGAGGACUCGGGCAGAGACUUCCCCACAGAGGACCGGACUGACUGACGCAAACCUCUCGGCCGCCGCUCCUACCUGCGCAGCGUCUCUCCCACAGAAGCGACCCGCUUUAAUGGGCUCCAAAGCUCGCGAGCCUCCCGGGAUGGCGUGCAGCGCGUGCUACUACCUGGUUAUCAGCUCCACUCACCUGAGCAACGGGCACUUUCGGCGCGUCAAGGGGGUCUUCAGGGGACCUCUGUGUCCGAGUGCGAGCAGCGAUUCCCCGGAAUGUGCAGAGAGGGCUUUAGGUUGCUCAGUGGAAGAUCUGAAGUCUCUUUUCUACUGUGAGCUGUGUGACAAGCAGUACCUGAGACACCAGGAGUUUGACAACCACAUCAACUCCUACGACCACGCACACAAACAGAGGCUGAAGGAGCUGCAGCACAGGGAGUUUGUUCGCAACGUGGCCUCCAAAUCGUGGAAGGACCAACGCAAACAGGAGAAGGCUCUCAGACGCCUGCACCAGCUCGCACAGCUUCAACAGGAGAGCCAGCGACUCCCAAGAAGGACUUGUGGGCUCAAGCAUGCAGUAGGAGAUGUUUGUCAGAAACAAGAUGAAGACGUGGACCAAAGAAAACUCUGCUCAGAGGACAACCCUAAACCCUGUAACCGACCCCAGCAAAUCCCCGCUGCACGACCCAGAACUCUCAGCCACAAGUMUAAAACUUCACAUCAGCCUCUUUCACAAAUACCUCAAGCCGCGACUUUAGAAGACUCUCCGAUAAUCACAGCAACGUCUCACGUGGACUCUCCUGCGGCGCAGCCUCAGUCUUGCCACAGCGUGUGUCCCCAGCUGCCCCUCACUGCGCAGGGGAGAGUGGGAGGCCGGCUCGGGGUGUCCUUCUGCUUCUCACGCCGAGGGCCCAGGCUGGAGCCUUCCGCCUCCGUCUUCUCCGACCUGGAGGAGGAGGAGAGAGAGAAGAGGGAGCAAAUGAGAGAACGAGUGAAAGCAAUAAUGGAGGACAUUGACCGGGAAAUCAUGGAGGUGGAGAAGAGGAAAAAGUCCAGGUCGGACUGUAACUUGCCGAUUCCGAUGAUCUCAGGGGAUGCGAAGAAAGAAGAGGAACAAACGGAAAAAACAGACGUAGCAAACAGAGGUGGUUCUAUUUCCACAGCAGCUCCUCAUCUCCGGACUCACGACUCACAAGGCUCACAGCCGCAGGUGACCACAUUGGGCACAACACUCACACUGGUGCACAUGGAGCCCCGACAGACAAACGAGACAGAGACGAAGCAAGAAUCCGACAGAGUGGAAGAGCCGAGUCGCUUUCUGUGUGUGCUGGGGAGAAACGGUUCAAGCCGUCUGAGAUGGCCUGUCAGUUUACUGAAGUUCACCAAGUCUGAACCACACGUCUCCUUCAGCUGCAACCCGCUCUGCGUGAACGUUCAAGCGCCAGAACAGCUCACCGGGGAUCUGCAGGCGUCACAACWAAAUCAGCUGCGCGCUCUUUCAGGUGAGCCAACCGCACAAAGACGAGCAAGAGGUGAGCUGAGAGCGUGCAGACGGAGGAGGCGUGAUGAGGUUUUAAAGCGGGAGCGACAUAUCGGCGCCGAGACAGAGGCGCAUCUGCUCCUCGAGAACAAAACCCUUCCAUCGCCGGCAAUGCGGUCGCAAAAGGGACRGCGCACGCUGAGAGAGGAGAACGGCGAGAGGGCAGCCUCCCAUCCGUCCGACCCCGCUCUGAGUGACAGCUCUGACACAAACUCCCAGAAUCCUCCAGGAGGAAGAUUAGAGGGUGMAGGAGGGAUCAGGAAAAGAGCCAUCACAGCCCUGAGCUGUAAAUUAGAGUCUGUCAGCCAGCCUGGCACACAGGGGAUGUGCAUCAGCCUGUCCAGGUGUGAAUGUGGGGACGAGACGAAAUGUGAGUGUGGCAGAACUCCGCCGCUAAAAGCGCCACGCAACAGGAGGAAGAUCAACACAAAGAAGCUGGCGAAGGAGAAAAGGGUUAAGAAGGAAAAGGCCUCAAACAAGCGACAAUCAGGAAAGUGCAAAGUGCGGAGUGUCGUGUCGACAGUUUGCACCGUGGGACAGGAGAGCAGAGGAGACUCUGAAGUGAGGAGGAGGAGGAGGAGGAGGAGGCGUGGAGCAGGCAGCAGCUGUCUCCUGGGGGGAUGUGAGACUGAGCCAGUAUCUGUCUCUGUCAGAAAGAAGAGGCCUCAUCGGAGGCGCAGCGCUGAAUUUGAGGCGAAACACGCCGCCGCCGCCCGGCUCGGCCGACACGCAGCCCACAGAGAUACGGAGGGGGGGAGGCAGCGAGAUGGAGGGGUGGCAGCGUUCCCCCGGCAGCCUCGCGUCUUCAUUCGCUGCUUCUCGCCGGGUCGAAACCCGACGCUGUUUUGGGAACGGGGUCACCAUGGCAACAUCAGGAGUUUCAUUGACUGCUGUUACCCUGACAACAGCUGCGGCGGCGGCCCGGCGAAAAAGAGAAAACUCCUCCACGGGGACAGGAAGUUCAUUCAGGGCGAGGGGAGCGGCGACGCCUGGGAGAGGAGUGCGGGGAAAACGGUCGGACAUUCGGGCUGGAGAGACGGAGGCCUGGUUUCA